AUGGGUACACCGACCAAUUUGGCAAUAUCACUUACACCCAUCAGUCUUCAUUGUUGACACUGCCCUUGGGCUUGCCAAUUGCCUAUCCCAAUGAUUGUUGGUUCUCUAGUUGGCUGCCCGUGUUGGUCAAGAAGAAAUGUCGAAAAGGACAAGAAGAUUUGGUUAACAUCUCAUAAACCCUCAAAAACAAAAACAAUCCUGUCCAACACACCACUUUUCAACGCCCAGUUCGGAUGGACAGCCCACUUUCACAGGCACAGGCGAGCUUCUGGAACGAUAACCCCUUUUUCGAUCUUGGAGAUCUUUGAAGCAUGGGCCACUGGCCCCUCCUGGUUGGCUCCAGCAGAUCAGAUACCCCACAAUUGAGGGACCUGAGCCCCUGUCCGCCACCGCCAACUGUUGAAAUUGGACGGAGGAACCCAAGCGAGCAACCUCAAGGGUUCACAACUACCGACCCUGCGCCAACCUUUUUUUGUUGAUUGUCUUUUCCGUCAAGCUGGUCUUGGGGCUUCACUCCUUUCUUCUCGACGUUGACAGUACGCAUUCGGAUUUCCCAUCAUGGCUUCCACAACGAUUACGAGCAACGGCACGACCAAGAGAAAGGCUGCCAAUGGCAUCAGCAACGGCCACGCCAACGGCGCGACGGCGCCCACCAAGAACGCGGACGACCAGAAGGAACAUGACUUUUUCUGGACUUAUACUGAAGAGCCACACCGGACACGGAGGUUGGCCAUCAUCAAGGCGCACCCUGAGGUCUUAAAACUAUGUGGUGCCGAACCAUUAACGAAAUAUGUCGUCGCCGGCGUCGUUGCCCUCCAGAUCCUUUGCGCCCACCUCCUCCGAGACACGCCCUUCUGGUCCCUGAAGUUCUGGGCGGUCGCCUACAUCAUUGGCGCCACCUCGAACCAGAAUCUCUUCCUGGCCAUCCAUGAGAUCUCCCACAACCUCGCUUUCAGGUCGCCCCUGGCCAACCGCCUCUUUGCCAUCUUCGCCAACCUUCCUAUCGGGUUGCCCUACAGUGCUUCGUUCAGGCCUUACCACCUGACACAUCACAAGUCCCUCGGAGUUGAUGGCCUCGAUACCGAUCUGCCUACCGCUCUUGAAGCCGUCUUCCUCGACUCGAUCCUCGGCAAGGCCUUCUUCUGCACCUUCCAGAUCCUAUUCUACGCCCUCCGCCCGAUGGCCGUUUACCGUGUCCCCUUCACCUGGGUCCACUGGCUCAACGUUGCUGUUCAGCUGUCCUUCGACUACUCCCUCAUUGCCUUGCUCCCGAACUACUUCUCGGUCAACUCGGUCCUGUACCUGAUCCUGUCUUCCUUCCUGGCUGGCAGCCUCCACCCAACAGCAGGGCACUUCAUCGCCGAACACUACGUGUAUGAGCACAUUUCGGACGAAGCCAGAGACCCCGAGAACAAGAUCCCUCUUCCUGAGACCUACAGCUACUACGGCAUCUUGAACUUUUUCACUUACAAUGUCGGUCUGCACAAUGAGCACCACGACUUCCCUGCGAUCCCCUGGACUAGACUGCCCAAGUUGAACAAGAUUGCCAAGGAGUUUUAUGAUCCCCUGCCUACACACGAGAGCUGGGUGUAUGUGCUCUGGCAGUUCAUCUUUGAUGACAAGAUUGGGAUGACGAGCCGUGUCAAGAGAAAGCAGGGAGGGAGAGUUGUGGGUGGUGGAAAUGUUGCUGCAAAGGCCAAGGUGGCGGAUUGGACAGCUGAUGAGAUUGAGGCUUGAUUUUGUUUUUGAAUGGUUAAUAAUGUGUUUCGGGAGACAUCUGUUUGCUCACUGGGUUAUGAGUAAGUCUGGAGUUGAAACGAAACCAAAAAAUGGGGUUUGAUACGAACGAACCUAGACUAGACGGACGGGGCAAGAGCAUUGGUGCAUUGUACAAUGGCAUUGCUUAUGAGGUGCGUUUAAUUUUUGGGCUGAUAGGUUAUUGUAAUGGGUGAGUAAGUAUAUAUUUGAGAAUUUAUGAGCAUUAUUUUAUCUAGGUGGUCUAAUAUUUGAAAACAGCAA